AUGGGUUCAAAGACAAAAGCAACGUUCUUCAUCUGCAUGCUCUGCAUGCUGACCGCACCGCCACCAUCUUACUCUCAAGAAACACCACAAAACUGCCCACCACCUUACCCACCCUACGGCCGCCCCACUCCGCCCCCAUCAACUCCCCGCCCCCACCCUCCUUCCACUCCCCGCCACCGCCCGCCCUCUCCGCCCAAACACCGCGGCGGCGGCGGGAUCCUUCCGCCAAUCAUUAACCCUCCCCGGAUAUUACCGCCGAUAACAAACCCUCCCGUCACAAGACCACCACCACCAUCUUCCUCCUACCCACCUUACACACCUCCUGGUGGUGGAGGUGGCGGCGGCGGAGGAGGUGGGGGACCACCAGGCGUCAGCCCACCUCCGGCCGCCACGUGUCCGAUAAAUGCGCUGAAACUGGGGCUUUGUCUUGAUGUACUAGGAGGAUUGAUACAUAUCGGAAUCGGAGAUCCGAUCGAAAACAUAUGUUGUCCGGUGCUUCAAGGUUUGCUUGAGCUGGAGGCGGCGAUUUGCCUAUGCACGACGAUAAGACUGAAACUGCUUAACCUGAAUAUUUUCCUGCCGUUGGCCCUACAAGUUCUGGCAACCUGUGGGCUUACUCCGCCGCCUGGUUUUGUGUGCCCGCCGCUGGUCUGAACGACGUCGUUUUCAACUAGGGUUUAUGGGGUUUUUUUUUUUUUUUUUUUUUUUGCUUUUCUUUUUUUGUAAUGAGUAGUUUAAUUUUGGUUGGUGCUUUUAAAUUGUGCUUCUCUUGGUACAGAUUCAGGGGAAUGUGCCAUGGGCUUCAAUAAUAACUAAUGUGCUAAUGAAUGUGGAAUUGUGAAAAAUAAAAUAAAUGUAAUGUUUAUUUG